AUGAAAUUGACGGUUGUGGCAUAUCUGAUUGUGGCCACUAUCGUCCUCGUCUUCCUCACCUUAACACCAACUUCCCGCCACCACCACCACCACCACCGUCACAUAGGUCGCCGCCUGGGACACAAGCAUGCACCGUUCGAUCCGUUGGUUGGGAAGUUGGAGAGAUUAAUGGAAGAAAGAUCAUCUGGUGGAGGAGCAAUUGAUAAUGGAAACCAUCAUCAUAGUUUAAGCAGUGUUACUACUGGGAAUAAUUGGGAUUCAUUUUCCGGCAAUGAUGGUGAUGAAUUGGAUAGAGAAGAAGAAGAGUAUUUAAGGGAUGAGGAGGUGUCGUUUAACAUAACAAAGAGGCUGUUAACUAUGUUUCCUCUAAUAGAUAAGGAUCCUAAGGAUGGUUAUAUUAGUUUGAAGGAACUUGAGAAUUGGAAUGUGGAAAGAGCUGUUGAACGUUUGAAUUAUAAGACCAUGAAGGAGAUGAGGCUACAUGAUUUGGAUGGAGAUGGCUCUCUUAGUCUAUCUGAAUGUCUCCAUCGGUUCUCCCUUACAAAUCUAGAGAAAAAUGACAUGGCUCCUGGCCAAGCUGGAUGGUGGAAGGAGCAAUUCAGUAUUGCAGAUGCAGAUGGCAAUGGAUUUCUCAACUUUGCUGAACUAAAUGAUUUCUUGAACCCUAAAGAUAGUGAAAAUGAAGAAAUUCAAGUAUGGUUGUUAAGAGAAAAGAUUAGGUACAUGGGCAAUGAUAAGGAUGGAAAACUCAAUUUUGUCGAGUUUCGUGAUCAUGCAUAUGACAUUUACAAGUUUCAUGCUGAAUAUGAAUAUAAUGUAAAUGAUAUACCCAAGCCUGAACAAAAAUUUGCAGAGCUUGACUUUAACCAUGACAAAUUUUUGACAGUAGAAGAAUUGUUACCCAUACUACAUCAGCUUUACCCGGGAGAAAUCACUUAUGCUACAUACUAUGCAAAGUAUCUAAUUCGCGAGGUUGAUGCUGAUAAAGAUGGGAAGCUUACAAUUAAUGAAAUGCUCAAUAAUGAAGAAAUUUUUUACAGCAAAGUGUUUGAGAAAGAAUUCGAUAACGAAGAGGACAAUGAAGAUGAUGAUUUUGACGAUGAUGACGAUUAUUAUUUUCAUGAUGAGUUUUGAUGAACCUUUCACUAUUAUUUCUUUUAGUUCAAGUCAUUUGGUAGGAUUAUUCCCCACUUUGGCUGUGUGUGGAUUAUGGAUGUGUAAUAUCAGUGUAAAUAGGUUGGAGCAAAUGUUAGUUACUGCUA